AGUGACGACAUUAAAAAUGUCUGCUGCUUCGUUUGAAUCUAGCUCUUCAGUUCUACGCCAACGUGCUCUUUUUUCUUCGGCGAAUCCUCCUCGUGGGAAUUCACCUAUCGAUUCGCGAGUAUCUGUUCCUGAUCAUGAUAUUUUAUCUAUUUUGCCUAAUAGUGUUCGUGGCAACUCACGCGAUCGAGAUAGUCGUCCACGUGAUGGCCAUGCUCGUAACAUCUCAACUAAGCGCGAUCGGGAUAUUCGUCCUCGUGAUUGCCAUGCUCGUAGCAACUCAACUCAGCGCGAUCGAGGCAAUCGUCCACGUGGUAGCCCGUCCCGAUCACGAUCUCGUUCCAUCCCGCGUUCGCGUACACGCUCAGCUUCCAGGAUUCGGUCUCGCAGCCGUUCGCCAAACGUGGUUGCUGCCAAUGAAAAAACGUUUAGCAUUUCUGCUUCUAAAUCACGUCAGGUUCGUAAGUGGCUAGUUCAAGGCUUACCUAACAGCGAGGCCAAGGCAUUGCGCCUGAACUUCAAGCCAGUUUUCGACAGUUCGUUUGAUUUAUUUUGCCCUAAGCUGGAUGAUUCCAUGGAAAGAAAGUGGCUGAGAGCCAUGAACCUGCCUAAAUUGAAAGACUUUCAAGAGACUAUGUUGAAGUCAAUUCAAUAUCAGAUGAUAGACUCAAUGCGGCCAAUGCUGCAUGCCUGGAACCAGAUGAGAGUGGACGAUCCGUUAUUGAACAGUGUAGAAUCAUCUCUCCGUUUAAUAGGCUCUGCAUUUGCAAAUGUCUCCAAGUUGCGACGUGAAAAUGUGAUUCGCCAUGUGGCGCCGUCCAUGAAACCAUUGCUGAAGGACCCACGGGCAUUCUCUUCUCGUGAGUGUGAGCGUUUGUUUGGCUCAAAAUUCAUUGACGUCAUGGUAAAAGAAGUUGAUGACGACGCCAAGUUGGCGAAAAUCGGACGCGAUGGCGGUCCCUCGCACAGCCAGAAUGGUGGCGAUUCCAAUCGGCGCAAUGGCGGCCGCAAUCAAAGCUCGUACGUCAGCCGUAAUAACCAGAGUAGUGGUUUCAACAAAGGCGAGAAGAGUGACAAGGGGAACCCCUACUUCAGGCAGACGGCCCAGGGCGCCAACAACAGAGGUGGCAACAAAAACUUCAAGUACAACCAACGCAGCUAAUCACCGGGUUGUCUUGUUCCAGAGGUCAAGAACUUUUAAGAAGUCAUUCAUUUGUUUUGUUUAUUCAUGUUCUAACCUCUUACACCCCUCGAACUUAUUUGUGUUUCAUAUGUAAAGAGUUCUGAGGUGGUGACGGGUAUUCUCCCGUAUGCGGGCGAUGGCGCUGCUAUCGCUUCUUGGGAGGAGCUAAAUACAGUGUUCCACACC